UUCCUAUCGUUUCGCUGUGCAUUUUUCAGCGGGGAUAAAAAAUCGAUCGCUUGAUAGUUUUUACCUGCGUCAAUCCCUUCUGGCAUCGCUUUCGUUUGAUGGGACACUUGAUUGUGUAAUUUGUGAGGUGGAUUAUGGUGGCGAUACAUCGCUGCUGUGAGAUUAAACGAGUUUAUCUGUGAUCAGGAAGAUUUCCUUGCAGUCUGCUGCGCGCACUGUGUUGCGUGGUUCUUUCGUGGUCUUUCGACUCUUUCCAUCAGGAAAGCAUAGUUCGUUAUCCGUGUUAUGUCCUAUCUGUCAGACACGACGGACGGGACCCUGCUGCACUCUUAUCAACGCCUGAUACCACCAACAAUGCACAAGACGCCGUAUUGAUCUGAAAUAAUUCCUCCUUUUCCCCGCGGAAAUUCUCUUCCGCUCCACGGAUCCCGGGAUUAACCCGCUGCAUUCCCCGCGCGCACCAUGAGCGCGCGUCCCGCCCCGGCCGCCGCCGUCGCGGCGCCCCCAGCCCCCGACAGCGAGGGGGGCGUGUGCGGACAGGCCAUGCGGCUGGUCUUCUCGGCGCGCUUCGAGCCGGCCCUCAAACUCCUCACCGCCGCGGCCGGCAGUGCGGCGCACGCGGACAGUGCGUCGGAGCUGAGCAUCUCGGCCACCCGCAGCUUCGUGAUUUUCACACAAGCCCUCAUCAGUUACGAAGCCAGCAAGAUCACCGAGGCCAUCAACGCCUGGAAGGAGACGGAACGGCUCUGCACCGUUUCCAAGGAUCGGUCGGUGGAGGACAAGCUGGAGAAACGCAUCAUCCUGGCCGACGCCAAAAUCUGCGCCACCUUCCUGGGCCUCUUACAGAGCGCCGAUUUCGGCGGCCUCUUCAAGGGCGGCUGGCAGAUCCGUCAAGCGUGGAAACUCUACCAGUCCACCUAUAACGACAUGCUCAAACUCAUCGACGCCGAGAGCAAAUCCGGCACGUUGACCCCCUCGCAGGUGGCCGCCCUCCUCCACCACCUCCCCACCAACCACCCCCACCCCAGCGGCGCCCCGCCCCCCACGGAGGGCCCCCACAAAAGCCACAAGCGCACGCUGUCCGAGCAGUCGGCCUCCGUGGAAAAAGACGACGAUUCCGAUGAGGACGAGUUUGUGGACGCGUUGUGCGAGGUGGGGCAGUUGACGGAGGGCGAGGUGAAGUUCGGCCGGCUGGGGCAGAUCCUGGGGGCGGUGUGCUACGGGUUCGGCUGCUUCCAUCUCAUGCUGUCGCUGCUGCCGCCGAGUUUAUUGAAAUGGCUGCGAUUUCUUGGGUUUGAAGGGGAUCUGCGCACCGGCAUCCAGGCGCUGACCUACUGCAUGUACAGCAGCGACUGGAAAGCGCUGCUGGCCAGGAUGACCCUGGUGUGGUUCCACACGAUCAUCCAGACAUACUAUUCCGUUCAGGAGCACGAGAUGGAAGAAGGUAUUGCGCGGGCGUGUGCCGUGCUGGACGGAUUGGACGCGCAGCUGCGCACCUCGCCGCUGAUCCGUUUCUUCGACUGCCGAUUGAAGCGAUUCGGGAAAGAUAUCGACGGCGCCAUUAACGGCUACGAGAACGCCCUGGCCCAGUCCGAGCAUGUGCGCGAUUUCAACGUGCUCCUGCAUCAUGAAUUCGGAAUUCUGCGCUUCCAGCUGCAUCAGUGGGAUUAUGCCGUGGAACAUUUAAAUAAAUGCUUCGAGGAAGGCCGCUGGGGCAAGAGUCUGUAUGGAUACAUGCUGGGCAUUGUGUAUGUGAUGAUGGGGGAGGAGAAGAAAGCCCGCGAUCUCAUUGCCCGCGUUCCCUCGCUGAACGUGCUGAAGAACGCCCCGCUGGAAAUGUUCCUAGCGGAGCGCGCCGUGCAAUUGGCUAAAGAACCCUCGGCGCAGCUGCCGGCCGUCGCCUCCCUGCUGGCCAUGGAGAUCUGCUAUUUUAUCAAUUGUCCGCAGUAUGUCCCGCCCGCGGUCGUCCAUUCCUUAUUGGCCGAUUUGAGUCGGGUUGACAAGCCGGCCUACCUGGGUCUGCGGUAUUUAAUGGAGGGACGUUUGAUGGAAAUGCAGAAUGUUGCGGAUUUAUCGCGUGCCGCACAGUGUUAUCGGGAAGCGAUCAAGCAGGGCGACAGCGUCAAGGGCGCCGAGCAUGUGCCGGCCUUCGCCUCCUACGAGCUCGGCGUGCUUCUCUCCAAAUCGCCCGCAACGGAGAAGGAAGGACGGACGCUGCUGAAUAAAGCCGGUGAUUCCUACAAGAACUGCCAUUUCCGCAACCGGCUGCACAUGCGCGUCCAUCUGGCCAAGAAGGCCUUCGGACAGUAACGCAGGCAGCGGUUAAAAUGGCAGCGGUGAAGAAGAUAGUAUUGUCGCGCACAGGACACUGUGCUGCUGGAUUAAAUUGCGGUUUUUUGUGACUGUGAUGGACGAAAAUCAGUCAAUAAUUGCGCUGUUACUCGCAGAUUCGGAUAAUAACAAUAUUAUUAAUAAUUUCUGAUUAAUGAAUGGGUUUUUUCUUUAUUUAAUGCAUGCUUGCUUUAUCAGGAUGAUUUUUCUGCUGAUGGGUGACAAAAAAAUCAGUUGUCUUCUUUUUCUUUGAGACUGCAAAAAAAACGGAAAGGUUGUAAUAAAA